AUGGCCCACCCCUAUCACCCUCUCGCCAGCCCGUGGGCGCACGCCGCCGUCUGCUGCGACCAGGACCACGGCGGCUCGUCAUCCCAAUCCCAUCAUCACCCCCGCCCGCCCAUCACUCCCCGCGGCCCAAACUUUUCAACACAUCACCACCAUCUGAACGAACCCUCAGGGUGCACCUCCGACUGCCACUUCGAUACGUUUUGUUGCAGCGGCGACUAUUGCUGUGACCAGCAUGUGCAUCUCGAAGGAGGCGACGGGAAGAACGAGGAAGGGGUCAAACACGAGGAGAGUCUAGGAAAGCCCAGUUUAGCGAGCGGAGACAGACGUAUGAGUGAGAUCCAGACUGCUCAAACGCUAGAGGAAUGGGCGGGGACGCCAGAAGGGUGCGAUGCUAUACAACAGCUGAUUGAAUGCUGCAAUCAACCAGACUGUAACAUGCCCGUCUGCCCCACCGAGAACAGCGCCGUUCACCCCCCACCCCUCGACCCGCUCGCCGCUAUUUUAUCCGUGGACAACCAAGUCCAGCCAAUCGCCUCAGCCUCGUCCACCGCAGACGGGUCGAUACCGCCUUCGCACAUUUGCCACUGGGGCAACUGUCAUCUUGUCUUUGGCUCCAUGCCUGAUCUUCUUGCCCAUGUCGCGGCGGACCAUCUGAGUGCUUGGAAUUCGGCGCAGAGGCCAGAUCAGCUUUUACUCCAGGCUCAGCAGGCGCAGCAGCAAGUACAAUCUUCUCAUCUGCCCACUGUUCCACUUCCGUCGCCGUCGCCACAUCAUCAGCACCAGCAGCAGCUUGCGCAGACUGCCAAACUGCAGCAGGACUAUCAGCGGCAGCUCGAGUCAUUACGUGCGACGCCUGCCAUUGCGCAAGACCCGUUGCUGUCUUGUAUGUGGGAUGAUUGUUUUCCAGUCACCGAUAUACCUGCAUCCCUCACCAGUGUCUUUCACAAUCCCACCCAUCCGCCACACCCUCCCCCUCAGGCUGGGCCCGAGCAUGUUCACCCGAACGGCGAGCCCUUCAGCCCUGGUACCAUACUUCGACAUGUGCUCGAGGAGCAUCUUGGUAUCCCACCGGAUAUAGUGGGAUGGCCGACAGAGCAUGAUAUGCAGAACCAACAGCCGCCUAAGCAUCACCACCAUCACCAUAUCGAUCCUCGCGAGGCGCAACUGCACCAUUCCAAUAAUUGCAGUCACGUCCAUCCUCAUCCCCACCACGCCUCUGACACCCGUCACGGCCUCCCCACUCCUCCCUCCACCGUCGACACAGACCCUUCCGCGUCUCCCCCAUCUCCAAAUUUGAAUCUUCCCGGCAAGCCUCUCAUUUGUCUCUGGCCGGAGUGUCUUCACCCCCAUUCGUUUCCGGAUACGUCCUCCCUCAUGGACCACCUUUCCGAAGAGCAUAUCCCCAAAGGACGAGACGCCUACACUUGUCACUGGGAUGGAUGCGGCGGCGAAGAGGGGCGAGUGUUCAAGAGUCGGCAAAAGGUAUUGAGGCACUUGCAAAGUCAUAUCGGACACAAACCUUUUGUCUGUGGGGUCUGUCAGCAGAGUUUUAGUGAAGCAGCUCCGUUGACGGCGCAUAUGCGGAGACAUGCUCAAGAGAAGCCAUUCAAGUGCGAGCAUCCAGGAUGUGGCAAGAGCUUUGCCAUCUCUUCAUCGCUGACGAUCCACAUGAGAACCCAUAACGGCGAGAAGCCUUUCGUUUGCCCUCACUGUGACAAGGGUUUCGUCGAAGCUUCCAACCUUACCAAGCACAUUCGUACCCAUACCGGCGAACGUCCAUUCGCUUGCGCACAUCCCGGCUGCGGCAAGAAGUUUUCGAGACCCGAUCAACUCAAACGACAUAUGAUUGUGCACAACAGGGCUCCGGGCGAGAAGAGGAAGGGUAGUGGGGUACCGGCGAAAGGAUAG